GUUCCUACUCUGUCCACCGCCCCGCUGCCGCCAGUCUUUCAUACCGGAUGCUGCUGUCAUGCAAUGUACUGUGCUCGCUUACUUCGACAUAUCUCCGCCGGUGGACUCGAGACGCGUCCUUUUGGGAGCGACUCGGUCGCGAGUCCCCCUUACUGGCCUGAAGCUUAACUUAUGCGGCUGCUCAGUGCCAUAAAAUCACUCUCAAAUACUCUCAAUCGGUCGCAACCUGAACUACGCACGCAUCGUCCGCGUCGCACGGAGUAACAGGCCAUGCGCACAGCAGCGCACUGUUAUCAGAACAUGGCGCGUGUUCGGCUGGGCAGUAGGCUGAACUGCCGUCGCACUGCAACUCCUCGGGAUUGUCCUAGACAAUGCAUACCUGAACCUCAAGCCUCUCCGUCUUCAUGUGCAUAUGCACUGGUGGAACCCUUACUUCUGGGUUGUCCGAGUCGAGGAGGGUGACUUCGCCUGACCGACCACUGCCAGUGAGGCCUCCUGCCGGCGGCUCCAUCCAUCACUCUCAAACCAUCCGCGAGUGCCGCCCAGCAUCCGCCUCCUCGACUCAACCAGCUGCACGCUCAGUAGUCGCGUCAAGUAGUACCGCGUCGACGCCCUUCUGCCAGGUGUCCAGACGUAUUCCAGAGAAGACUGGAGGGCUCCGAGUCGCCGCAUGGGAGGCUCGCCCUGCUGCUAUAGCAGUGACCGAGCCAGGUCUGUCAGCCCGGCGCGAGGUAACAGCCUUGCUAUCCCAAGGGUGGCAUACAGGAUGGCCAUCGUCUAGUGCACGCGGCAUCACAGUAUAUGUAACCGCCAUAGCGAAGUAUGCCCAGAAUUCGCAAUGUGGUUGGUUUAUCAUAUCCCUGCUCGUUUGCCGCAACUUGCUCGACGGAACGUCGCCCCCAUUCGAGAAAGCUCUAGGCAGUCCGGUCGGCGAACACAAGUGUAUCGUAGAGCACACCCAGUACAUCUGGUGCUGCGCUCGGGCUAGUGACCGUGCCUUGCAUCUCCACGUCGGGCUCCUGCGCGGCAGUCCCUCUGAAUUUUCCCCAGACGUUACGGCUAGAGAGAUGAUCAGCGACAAUUGGACGAGCGGCGUGUGUGGUCGAAUUGGACUGUCCGUUCGCGGCUCCGAUGGGUCGUACUCGUACGCAGCUUCCCACCCAAUCGAGUCUGUAUAUGGCCGCGGGACACAGAUGUUUUAUGGCUCCCUGCAGCUCCUUGCGGUGGAAGGUAGCCAACUGUCUGUCGAAUCGUUCGAGCAUGUCGGCCAGGUCAGCUCCCCUCGACAGCUCGGCUGGCAAAGAUGGUUGUCGCGAUUUGAAUGGUGGAUACAGGGUCACGGUGUGCGUAUACCGUCUGCAUGCCUACGGAGCUGCCACGUCCAGACCUUCUGGGAUGCGUCUUGCAGCCCGGCUCGCUCCGUGGCAUGGAAGUUCAGCCACUGGUUCACAGCCAAAGCGACGGAUGCCGCGCUGAGACUGAAGACCAGAGCAACGAACCAUAGCGCGGCGAUCCAACGCGGCGCAGCGGGUGGCGAGGAAGAGCUUGUAGAUGAAGAGUUCACACCGACCGUCGGCACCGGCACCGAAUUCGAAGAGCUGGCAGCCGCAACGACGGCGUGCUGGCACCAGAAUGGCGUAGUACUGAACCACGAAAGCGGUGAGGACCGCGGAAAACAAGCCAGCCUACAAAUCAUCUCUCAGUCGCUCUUCGCGCGCGCUCGGUCAGCGGCCCACGCUGUAUCCGCCAGUUUCAACCAAGCGUCUGGUGCCUCUGUUGGGUCCCGUGGCUUCAUGAACUUCUCGACAGAUCUCCCGCCCCAUCCGUUCGCCCAUGCGGGUCCUGAUGGCACAAUUCAGACUACGAUCAGUUCAUAUUUAAGAGAACGAUCGAUGUUCGUGUUCACCGGAGGCAUAGAUGCAGAUUUACGAGGCAACGGAAAGGCCCUCGUAGUACCUCCACCACUCCGGUUAGAUGACUGCCAUGCAUACGGGUGA